AUUAAUUUUUAUUUUUAUAUUUCUUCUAAGAAGUUAGCGAUAACCUUUCUACAAGAAUAUAAUGUCUGGUAUACCUCCAAUAGUUCCUAAAACUCUCCGGGAUGAAGUUUACAAAAUUCAAGAUCAGCUCAAAAUACUCAUCAACAAUCACAAGAUUUUGGAUUUUAGACUCACGCAGGAACCUGAGAAUAAUGAGUUAACAGUUCAAAUUAAUAAAGUGAAGGAGUAUAUAUUCUACUACAACCAACAGCAGUUGUAUCUUCUGGAGAAAAUCCGUGAGUUUCUCCGUCAUCUGGAGGCCGGUCAGUUUAUCAAGAAGCAGGAGCAAAUACCCACUGAACUUCCAAAAAAGAAACUGAAGAAAGAUUUCAAAUCAAUCAGUCAUUCUCCAGAACAAAGUGAAGUAGAGGAGGAGAGAGUAGGUCUAGAGUAUAUGGAGAACGAUGAUUUUUAUAAAGGACAUGUCGACUCAUAUCAUGUUGAAUGCCCUGAAGAAUACAAAGACGACAUUGUUUCAAGUCCGGUUAAACGGUUCCGACCUAAACCGGAUUUAACCAACUCCAAUCCAGACCAAAACCAGUUUCUGCUGAACCUAGAUCUGUUGGAGUCUAAUCUAAUAGAUGAAUAUCUAUCUAUCCUGAGAGCUCAGGAUGUGAAGAAAAGACAGCGAGAGUUUCUCUACGUGCCGGAAGUAUCGGAUAAAAAAUUUAGGAACCAGUCAUUUCUGUUGAAGAUUGCCUGCUCUCCGCCACAACUCCGCCGGAGGAAAGAGACGGCGGAUACAAAGCCAAGACCUGCCAGAGCUAUAACCUUUCCACCGGAGAGAAUGGAAACUAGAAAAAAGAACUCAAUGAAGCAAAGAAAGGAGACAGAGGAGCAACUGGAGAUUGAAAAACUGAUGAAGGAACAAGAAUCUGAAAACAUUCAAUAAUCAUUUUAGCAUUUAUUUAUUAAACUGAGAUGGAAUUUCUUUAAAUUCGGCCAUGGUCUAUUAAACUAUUUGGAUUACAAGAGCAAUGUUAGUCCAAAACAUAGUAUUUAAAAGGCUCUCUCGACCUGAUUUCUUUUUAAAAAAAGUUUUGACAUUAUUAUCUUUAAAUCUUCCGUAAUUAGUUGAUUUCAGGAAGUUUCCUUUUCCAACAUUUUAUAGCAAUCAAUCGAAAUAUUCACACUAUUUAAUUAAUUUUAUUAAAUUUUUAGAAAAUUUUCAAAUUCUAGUUAAUUAUUAAACUAUCUAUGCUUGUGAUUUUAACAAUAUAUACGUGCAUUUGUAAUUUACAUUCAAUUUACAUUGUGUGAUAAUUCCUUGAAUAAUGUAAUGUUUCUCCAUUAUCAUAAAAAGCAAGUCCUAAAGCCAAGAUUGAGAAUAAAAACGUUGGGAAAAAGUGGACGAGGGGAAAACAUUUAAAAAAAAAUUGUACAUCCUUUUUCCUUCAUUUAUUAUCAUAGUCGCAUUAAUUUUGGACGAGAAUCAACAUUUUCAUGUUUUCUUGGUUUGAAAAAAAGUUUGGGCGAAUCUAAAGGAUUAUCAGGAUAAUUAGCUUAGGGAAUUAGGGAAAAAGUAUUAAAAAACCUUGCAAGAUGUUGUCCCAGUUUCAUAAUUUUACCCGCGCAUCGCCGCGCUGCUGCGUCAAGAGACUGAGUUUGAAAAAUAAUUAGUUAUCAAUUAUUUUUAUCCUUUUGUAAUAAAAUAUAUACAUAUCGCGUUUA